AUGGGCGCCAAUCUCUUUAAGCGGAAGCUUUCCCUCUCUCCAAUCUGUCGCUUAUGUGGCCUUUUUCCUGAGACAGUGGAGCACAUGCUUCUGCUCUGUCCUUGGACACGGGCAGUUUGGUUAUACAGCCCUUUUGGGCCCUCUCCUACUCUGGUUCUCUCCCAUGCAAUCAGCCUUUUGGAGGAAUUUUCUCUGGCAAAGGAUUUGGCGACUCGUGCUCCUCUAUCUAACGGUGGUGCUCCCCCUGGAGUGCACUGGUCCCCUCCUCAAUUUCUCUUUGUUAAAAUUAAAAUUGAUGGUGCAUGGCAGGCCAAGUCUGGCGUGGGUGGUGUUGGCGUGGUUAUUCGGGAUCAUAAUGGAGCUUUCGUGGGUGCCACUAUUCAGCCCUGUAAUCUCUCUUCUGCAGCGGAGUGUGAAGCCCAGGCGGCGAUCGUGGGCCUUUCCUUUGCCUCCUCCAUGCAUUUACAUCAUGUGGUGGUGGAAACCGAUUGUCUGGAGCUCUUUUCUUGUGUAAAGAGUGAUUCUGCGAAUAGUAACUGGAGGUUUUAUACCUUUCUUGUUGAGUUUCGACGUUUGGAGGCUUUUUUCAGCCAUUGUGAUUGGAACUGGAUUCGUCGUGAAGCUAACGGAGCUGCUGAUACCGCCGCCAAGCUAGCCAAAAGGAGGUUGUGCCUUUGCAAUUGGGUUAAUACUCCCCCACCCUCCUUGGUUUCUGUCCUAUCAAGUGAUGGCCUGCUAUCUCCCCUUUAG